UUCUUCAUCGUUGUGAAUGAGUUCUGUGAGAGAUUCUCCUACUAUGGAAUGCGAGCUGUGCUGGUGCUGUACUUGAGGUACUUCUUGCGUUGGGAAGUUGACCUGGCAACUUCCAUCUACCACGGCUUUGUGGCUCUCUGCUACCUGAGCCCCAUCCUCGGGGCCAUUGUGGCAGACUCCUGGCUAGGAAAGUUUAAGACCAUCAUCUACCUGUCCAUUGUCUAUGCAAUUGGGCAAGUUACAAUGGCAAUCAGUGCAAUUCAUGACAUCACUGACUGGGACAGAGACGGAAUACCAGACAACAGGACCAUUCAUAAGGUGUUGGCCCUGGUGGGUCUCUUCCUCAUCGCCAUGGGCACUGGUGGCAUCAAACCUUGUGUGGCUGCUUUUGGUGGAGACCAAUUUGGUGAUCACCAGGAAAAACAAAGAAGAACUUUCUUCUCUGUUUUCUACUUGUGCAUCAAUGGAGGGAGUCUUCUGUCAACCAUUAUCACUCCAAUCCUCAGAGGUCAGGAAUGUGGUAUCUACAGUAAGCAGAAGUGUUAUUCUCUUGCCUUUGGUGUCCCUGCAGCACUGAUGGUCGUUGCACUUGUGGUGUUUAUCAUGGGGAGUGGCAUGUACUACAAAACUAAACCUGAGGGCAACAUUAUGGUGUCUGUGUGUAAAUGUAUAGGGUUUGCCAUUAAAAACCGCUUCAGGCACAAGAGCAAGAGGUACCCAAAGAGAGAGCACUGGAUGGACUGGGCAGAGGAAAAAUAUGAUAAACUCUUCAUCGCUCAAAUUAAAAUGGUGCUGAAGGUCCUCUUUUUGUAUAUUCCACUGCCGAUGUUCUGGACUCUUUUUGAUCAAAAGGGUUCGAGAUGGACUCUGCAAGCCACCACAAUGAAUGGAAAUUUUGGGCUACUUGUUAUACAGCCUGAUCAGAUGCAGACGGUCAACCCCAUCCUAAUCCUGACUUUGGUGCCUAUAAUGGACAGUGUGAUUUACCCUCUGAUCAAAAAAUGUGGCCUGGAAUUCACACCUCUGAAAAGAAUGACAGUGGGGAUGUUUCUGGCAGCAAUGGCUUUUGUUUGUGCUGCACUGGUCCAGGUUCAAAUUGAUAAAACAUUGCCUGUUUUUCCAUCCACCUCAGAGAGUCAGCUAAGACUGCUUAACAUGGGCAGAAAUACAGUUACAGCUCAGCUGCAAAGCAAUAAUCUAGAACUCCCUGCAGCUCAGGCCAGUGCUGAAUACAUGACAUUUAAAACAGAACAAAUUAGUGUUUCAAUAUCAGAUAGCAACUCUUCAGUUACUAAAAUGAUUCCCUUGGUUAAAGCAAAGCGACAAACACUUCUUAUUCCCUCAGCCCUCAGUGAUGAAUGGGUCCUGUCUGAUGAUUUGACUACCAAACCUGAAGAAGGAAACAAUGCAAUCCGAUUUGUUAAUGGAAAGGACACAGAAGUCAAUGUCUCCACUGCUGAUAUACACUUUGGGUUAAUUGAGCCGUAUUUUUAUUCCAACUACACCCUGAUAAAAAAUGGAGAGGUCACAUUCACUUUAGAAAGUGGUUCACAGUCGUGUGAAUACAGCAGGGUCUUUGGAUUUGGAAGUUCUUAUACUUUCUUCAUCCCCAGCACUUUAACUUUGGGACCAGAUUGUCAGGAGUCUUUAACAGUGGUAGAGGACAUCAAGCCAAACACGGUCCACAUGGCCCUCCAGAUCCCACAGUAUUUCUUUAUCACUGCUGGAGAAGUAAUGUUUUCUGUUACUGGCCUGGAGUUCUCUUACUCACAGGCGCCCAGUAACAUGAAAGCAGUGCUUCAAGCAGGCUGGCUGUUUACUGUUGCUAUUGGCAACUUUAUUGUCCUGAUUGUGGCAGAGCUUGCAAAGCUUCCCAAACAGUGGGCAGAGUACACCCUAUUUGCCUCCCUCUUGGUGGUAGUGUGCAUCAUCUUCUCCAUUAUGGCAUAUUUCUACACUUACAUCGACCCUGCAGAGAUCGAGGCCAAGUUCAGGAAGGAUGUUAAUGAUGAUGACAACGAUGAUAAAAGCAAGCUACAGAACAAAGAGGUUGAGAUGGUCAGGAGAUCAUCAGAUAGUAGUAGUGAUGAUGAUAAUAAAUCAAAACAAACCAAAAUAUGAGAAACAGAGAAUGUACAAGCGGUCUAUAUUUGUAUGUCUUCUAGUUUAGUUUCCAUCCAUCCGUGUUCUAUACCACUUAGUCCAGUUCAGGGUGUAGGCAACAUGUCACCAACGGAUAUGAAUUCAGGGUUAGGUUGUGUGCAAUAAAUCAAAGAGGUUGAUGCAAUGUCCUAAAGGGAAGCUGGGAGAGCUUGUGUGUGUGUGUGUGCGGGGGGGACUGUAUCCUUUCUAUCUAUCUAUCUAUCUAUCUAUCUAUCUAUCUAUCUAUCUAUCUAUCUAUCUAUCUAUCUAUCUAUCUAUCUAUCUAUCUAUCUAUCUGUAUAUAUAUCUUUACUGUGUGUAAUUGGUUGUUUAUAUAUGUUAUGUUGACAUAAGCAAUAAAACUUAUCCUGUGUUUUUCUCAUUCAUUAUUUUUGUUGUGAUUUUUUUUGUUUUUGCCAAAAAAUGUUUUGCUGGCAUGAAGGUAAUAUUCCCAUCCUUCUCUUAAAGUGCAAGCACAGAACAAAUGUCAUAAUGUGACAUUAACAUUAUGACUAGGUACCAAUUAGAUUUUCA